CGUCGCGACAGUCCACCCUCGCCAGUCGGCAGCUCCCACCCCGUCCGGGACACCCGUCAACAUGGACGGCCAGUCCUCAUCCACCGUGUGAACCGUGAACAGGUCCGCGAGUAUUGUGCCCGAACGGUUCUUUUUUUGACGUCUCCUCGCCUUGACAGUAACAGACCUUCUCAAUCCUAGAACGGACGGACAGCGGUGGAAAAAGUGUCCGGACCACAUGGUGACCUAGGUGAAAAAAAAAAAAAAAACAAACAAACCCGACUAAGUAAAACCACCGCUGUAAUGUCGGAUGAGGAGCGGCGGGACUCGCGGGUGACCGGGUCGAGCUGCCUCGCCCUCAAGUCUGCCGUCGCCACCCUCAACAGGCUCGACGACUUUUUCUGCGAGAAGAUCGGUACGGGUUUCUUCUCAGAAGUAUUCAAGGUGACGCACAAAGUCACAGGAGAAGUUAUGGUUCUCAAGAUGAACCUCCUGAGGUCGAACCGGCCCAACAUGCUUAAGGAGGUUCAGCUCAUGAACCAGCUGAGCCACCCGAACAUUCUGGGGUUCAUGGGUGUCUGCGUUCACGAGGGGCAGCUUCACGCAUUGACCGAGUACAUAAACGGAGGUCGCCUUGAACAGAUAAUCCAGAACAGGUCGAUACCUCUGCCAUUCUCGGUCAGGAUGAAGCUGGCCCUCGACAUCGGAAAGGGUAUGGAAUACCUACACUGCAAGGACAUCUUCCACCGGGACUUGACCUCAAAGAACGUCUUGGUGAAGACGAACAACGAAACAGGAGAAAUGACGGCAGUCGUCGGCGAUUUCGGAUUCGCCGCUAAAAUACCGAACAGGUGCGGCUACAGGCUGACGACCGUCGGCUCGGCCUACUGGAUGUCCCCCGAAUGCCUGAAAGGCGAGUGGUAUGAUCAGUCGUCGGAUGUCUUCUCAUACGGGAUCAUACUCUGCGAGCUUAUCGCCCGAGUUGAGGCCGACCCCGACAUCCUCACUAGGACGGAAAACUUCGGCCUGGAUUACAUCGCUUUCGCCAAACUCUGCCAGGCCGAGCAGCCGCCCUCCGCCUUCCUCAAGCUCGCCUUCACCUGCUGCAACUACGAGCCGAGGCAGAGGCCGAGCUUCGCGGAGAUUGUGCCCCAGCUGGAGAACAUCAUGUGGAACGCGAAAGGUCCUCACAAGUCUGAGGCUGACGCGAGUUGUUCCACGCAAUUCUCGAAAGAUGCUUCGCCUCACACAAAACUCGGCCAUAGAAGAUCACUCUCAGAUGAUGUGAUACGAGUUUUAGGCGAGACCAUGGCUCAGCAGGACGUCCAUUACAAACCCGCUGCGCAGAACCCGUUUGCCAACAUUCCCGCUUUUAAGGGAGGUAAGAAAAUUGUCAACUCGUCGACUGAGGCCACGACGUCUGAGAGCGACGCUUCCGUGGAGAGCAGCACUGUCGUCGCCGAACCGGUAGUCAAACCGUCCAAGGUGCUCGAGAGCAUCCGCCAGCGUGAGAAGAUGGACCAAGCAUCGUUGCUCGAUGCCAUCUUCUCCGGGCGGUGUUUCAGCCUAGGCUCACCGUCUGAACGUGACAGGAGGAAGACGGACGAGGAUGAGAGCGGCGGUGUAGGAGGCAGUGGCUGCAGCAAGGGAGGGGGGUGCGACGGAAGGCGCCGGACCCUGCCAGUAGUCAUGCCACCUUCUCUUCCCUCAUCACCGACCUUCUCGAGGAGGGCCGACUCAAAGGACAAGCCACAAUCCUCACUGCUCCAGUCGUACAGGACGUUCUCAUCAGGGUCAAACCUCGCCUUCUUGGAUGACCACGCUAUACCGACCGUCCUGCACAGAAGGGGCUCAUGCGAGAGCGGAUUCUUCUCCAGCGUUGGAGAAGACUUCUGCCACCCUAGUAACGAUCUGAUCGCCUCGUCUGUGACUCUAUCGUCGAGUUCUGCCGCUUCGUCCCUCCUACUCGAUUCAGGGAGUUGCGAAGGUUUUUGCUUAAGGUACUGCCAUCACAUAAGAAACGCCUUGAAUGGGUCGAGUGAUUCAACAGAGGACGUUUCAAUAACAAGCGAUCACAUCGUGGACGAAAAAGUUGGGAAGUGCGCCUUUUCGCAGAGCCAGCACCAACAGCAGAUCCAGAAAAUGGUCGAGUAUUUCGAGCGCAAAGGCGAACACCGCGACUACUACCGACACCUGCGGCACGAGUGCCGGCCGCGACGCCCAACCCAAAUGCACAGGCUCAUUGUGUGCGAAGGCGCCGUACGGAGCAAGCUGCAGAUCUUCGACAAGAAGUGACGCACGGCGAACUCCGACCGUUUCGGCCUCUUCCCGCCCUGAAAAGUCUUCCCUUCAGAUUCUUUAUACUCCGUGUUUACUUUUUCUCUCCCCCCUCGGUGCCACCCCCUGUCAACAUAUAUGGGGUGUUAAUUAACGAGGGCGAGUAGAAAACAAGUCUCAAGUACCAAAGUUUUCCUUUUUUUUCUCCUCUACCCAGGAAUUAGUUUUCCCUAUGUAAAUAUAUUUAGAAACAAAAAAAAAUAUUUUUUUUUGAGCUUUACGGUUGUGAAUUAAUUUACUUUUUGGUUUAAUUAAGGUUUAUUUUCUUUUUUUUUUUUUUAAAUUAAUAACUGAAAUAUAUUUUUUGCUUUAUUUUCUCCAAUGUAUUAUUAUUUUUAAUGGGUAAUUGUUAAUUUAGAUUUUUUCUCUUUUCAUUCUUUUUUUAAAACUUCCAGGCUGUUAUCUGUUUGUAAAUAACGUCAUCCGUAACGGCAGAUGUCGUGGGCCGAGGUGCGAAGGGUUAAAUGCCUUUUUAUUCUCUUUUUAGAAAAAAAAGAGAUUCAAAGGGGGGGAGAAAAAAAAAGAAAAAAAGUUAAGCGUUUUCGAUUCUAGUCAAUUUCUAACAUUUCGUCCCUCGGCCGCUACGCCUCCGCCGUCCCGGUUUCAACGGUCUUCCUCCACCACCGACGCCAGUCGUGUCGUCGUGCUCAAUUCGCCGCCAGAAAUGGAAAAUUAAAAAAAAUCAAAAAAAUAUAUUGAACACCCGGCCCUCAGCCGGAUAAACUAUAGUUAAGGGUCUAGGCAAUCGUUAUUUUAAUUUUGAAUAAAAAUUAAAAAAAAUGAGAAAAAAA